GCUUGUCUCGCAACCAGUCGAUCAUGUAAACAAUGAAAGAAAUCGAAAUUCCGUAUACCGACACUCCAGUAUUCAAGAUGAUAACACUGUGAAAGAUUUGGAAAUUUCUAUUUUGGAAUAUGUCAAUUGUGCAGAAGUACUGUGUUGCGCCUGGUUUUAAUCCUGGCCGGGUUUUGCCGGCCGUAAGUAAUGAGUACUUUGCUGUACCAAUGACUCGCACAUCGAUAGGUGUGUGGUCAUUUGACAAGCUUGAACUACGCCAUAAACCCCUUGAAUUGCAUGGGCACCGUAAAUCUAUAACUGCACUUGCGUUUGGCAACCGUUCAGCAGCAAAUGUUCUGUGUUCCUGUGCAGGCGAUUAUGUUAUAGUGUGGGACAUAGAAGUGUCACAGCGGAAUUUCGAUGAGCGAAAGCAAAUAAAAGGGGAGAUAAUCGGGACUUCGAUUGGGGAAAUUAACUAUUGCGUCUUUAAUGCAGACGACACUCUUGUGGCUGUGUGUGUCGAUGUUAACGUGUAUAUCUUAAAAUCAAACACACAAACUGUCCUUGCCGUAUUAGACGGACAUCUUAAUCGUGUCACAGGCGCAGAAUUCUGCCCACAUUAUUCUUCAACCAUCGUCACAAUUUCUGAUGAUCGAACUUUUAAAAUAUGGGAUUUACACAGCCAUUCUCUAGUUUAUCAAAGUUGCGUUAUUACCUCAUCUGCACUGGUAAAUAUUUGUAUGAACUGGGACGAACCCACAUUUAGCGUUGGUUCAGCAGAUGGCAUUGUUAGAACGUAUGAUUUGACGGACGGUAACGAUUUCCGAACUUUAUUUCAACUCGAUAUUAACAGUAUUAAAAGGAAGAUAAGGGGAGCAUCCUUUAAAAAUCAAAUUGCCGGCGUAAGGAAUGGUUCAAAAACUAUUAGCAGUCGGCAGACUUGGAAAAAAUCGGAUGGAAUUAUUCCAACCAACGAUAACCCUGGUUUUAUAGAUAGAUGUGAAGAAUCAAUUGUUGGGCUGUGCUAUGCAUAUCCACAAGGACACCGCAAAGACGCGGAGGUUCCAAGCUUCUUGAGAAGUGCUGUGACUGAAAUGUUAAAUAAAACAGCUGCAGUUUUAUUGGUGGCAACAACGUCAACCCUUCUCCAGAUUGAUCCCAAAUCUCUAGAGACAUUAGAUUUUGUAGAUCUCCAAAUGGAAAUUCCCAGUAAGGGAGACUUCGCAUCAAGAGGUAUCACACUGGAUGCAUUGGAUUUUUCGUCCUUUAACUCUGGUCAUAGUGUCUGGGCAGUUGUGGGAACUUUGUUGGAGAACAGACUCCAUGUACUCGAUUGGCCUCUAGUGACGUGUGCGAAUUCUCCAUCGGAGGAAGAGACGCUAAAUAUUGAAUCAGCCAUGGAUCUUUUAUCUCUUCACCCCGAUUUGAAUCCAAACAGGGAAAGAGUCUCCAGAUCUUGUGAACUUUCUAUGGUAGCAACCAACCCCCUUUGUGAGAACUCACCUUUAUCGUCGAAACUGACGCCUAUCUCCAAGGAAAAACAAAGGAGUUCUUCGGUUACCAGAAGAAACUCUAUCCCAGCAGCUAAAAAAUCUGAUUCUAUGAACCAGCCAAUUACUUUCAAAAACAAAGUAAAAUCCUCGGGAUACUCAACACAGGCUCCCAAGGGAAAACUGUUUCAACCGCAAACAUGCAAAACUAAGCAAAUGACUCUUAAACGAUCUCAAUCCCAUGAAGCUUCUCUUCAGCUAGAAGACUACCCCAUGAACUGUGGGCAACCAAAUGAACAGAUUUCGACACGGUCGGUAUGUGAGACUUCUGCUCCAAUAACAUCUUUACGUUUUUCCGGAAAUGGACAAAAUGUUGCAAGUGGGCUCGCGAACAAAUUAGCAAUUUCGUUUCCUCUGUCCACGAAGAAAAUGGGGAGUACUUAUCAGGGACACGACGCCGCUGUGAAUUCCGUAUAUUGGAGUCGAGACAACAGUAUGCUUGUCACGGCCUCCGAUGAUAAAACUGCCAUCGUUUGGACUUGUAAUCCCCGAGAUCCGAUCAUGAAAAUUUCAACGACAUUGGACAAUUUUAGUGAUAGUGAUUCUGCAACAAAAAAAACGAAUCCAUUGUUUCCCAAGGAGGUCAAACAAUCACAGUUUUAUUACAUGGAUAAAUUCAUUCUUCUCAUCAGUGGUAAUGGUUUUUACAUGUACAAAUAUUAUUUGGAUACGUCGAAGCAUGAAAUAAGACGUUAUCUAACUAAAUCCAAGUACAAACUUGUGAAAUCUUGGUUCUUGGACAGUCAAUGCUUGACAGCUAUGGCUGCUGUGAAUUCUUUUUACUCCCAUGUUGCUAUUUGUGCAGGAUCUAAUCGUAGCUACGAAAUAUUUGACAUGAAUGAAGGACGAUCUGUGUCGCUGAUUACUGACGCUCAUAUUCGCCCGAUCCACGCCAUUGCUUUAAAUGAAGGAUCGACAUAUGUUUCACAGCCAGACGCCGCAUAUAAUGUUUUUGCAACGGCUGCCGUUGCCGAUUGCAUCAAAUUGUGGGAUUUAAGAACAAACAAAUGCGUUCAAAGGUUUGAAGGUCACGUGAACAAAGCUAUACCAUGUGGAUUAGCAAUAAGUCCCUGUGGACAAUAUUUAGCUUCGGGAUCAGAAGACAAACUAACGUAUGUAUUUGAUGUUAGGACGGGUACUUAUUGCGAUAGACUUGGCGGGCAUUCAGAUGUGGUGUCGACUGUUGCGUUUCAUCCGGCCAAACCACUUUUGGCUUCGGGGAGUAUUGAUGGAAAUGUUGUGCUAUACAAACCGGAGAACUGGCAUUCAUGAACUAAAUCACGUUACGUUGGAAGCUUUACAGGCGAUGACUCCUGCCCACGACGUAUAUUACAAAAGUGUGUAAUUUUGAAAUAUAAUUUUCUUUCAGCACAUUAAUGGAUCAUUAAUUUAAAAACAAAUUCCUAAUAAAAUGGUAGAAACAUA